UACGGCACAGCAAGUUAGUGAAAUCCAAUUUAAAAAAAAAUUGCACUGAAUUCGUACGUUUUUUGUUGCUGCAAAGGUUGUAAAUAGUUAUUGCGUGCAAAUAAUAUGUUAAUGUGCAACUAAAGAAAAAGCAAUAAUACGAAAAGAAAAUCGAAUUUCAUAAGCAAUACGAUUGCUGUCUGUAAACAAAGUACGUGCAAAGCAGGAAAAUCGAACAACUUUCUUUUUCCAUAGUGUGUGUGAUUGCGCGUGUGUGUGUAUCACUGACAUGCAAAUGCGAAAAAGUGCAGCGUAAAAUAAAAAAGCAAAAGUGCGCAACACAAAAACAAAAUUAAACUCGAAAUUUCGGGUUUUAAUUGUGAGGCAAGAUUAGCACGCCUACCAUUUGCAAAAAAGAGGAAAAACGCCUACGCAACGCGGUCGCAAUUAAGCAAAAGACACUCACUCAGCUGCCGACGUCGCUGUCGACGCCGCAGUCGCUGCUUCGCUGGUGGUUGCAGUAAACAACAGUAAUAAAAAAUGAAGAAAAUCCUGUCGAAAUUCGACAGAAAUGAGAAAUUGGAUAAUUCGCACAACAGCUCCUCGUCCAAGGAGACGAACAGUUUCGUUGGCAAGGUUUUCACAGUUGGACGCGUCACGGUCACCGUUGAGGAUGUUUUGGCCGAAGGCGGCUUUGCCAUGGUCUUUCUGGCGCGUGGCAACGGCGGAGGCAGUGCAUCAUCCACAAAGUACGCACUGAAACGCAUGUACGUGAACAAUGAGCAUGACUUGAAUGUGGCCAAGCGUGAAAUACAAAUUGCGAGCAAUUUGAGCGGUCACAAGAACAUUAUUGGCUAUGUGGACUCCAGCAUAACGCCCACCGGGAACGGAGUAUGCGAAGUACUGCUGCUGAUGCCAUAUUGCAAGCAUCACAUGCUGGCCAUGAUGAAUGCUAGAUUACACGUUGGUUUUACCGAACCGGAAGUGCUAACCAUUUUCUGUGAUAUUGCCGAGGCGGUGUCGCGUUUGCAUUACUGCCAAACGCCCAUCAUUCAUCGCGAUCUAAAGGUCGAGAACAUUCUGCAAACGGACGGCGGCAACUUUGUGCUCUGUGACUUUGGCUCGGCCACUGCCAAAACGCUGAAUCCCCAACAACACGGCGUCACUGUGGUCGAGGAGGAGAUACAAAAGUAUACGACACUCUCGUAUCGUGCACCCGAAAUGAUUGAUUUGUACAGUGGCAAAAGCAUUACAACCAAAGCCGAUAUCUGGGCACUGGGCUGCAUGCUCUACAAGCUGUGCUUCUUUGCGCUGCCCUUUGGCGAGAGCACGCUGGCCAUACAGAAUGGUCAGUUUGCCAUACCGGAUAGCUCGAAGUAUUCGCGUGGCAUGCAUCAGCUGAUCAAGUAUAUGCUGGACACGGACAUGGAGCAUCGUCCCAACAUUUGGCAGGUGUGCGAGGUGGCAUUCCGGCUGGCGGGCAAAGAUAAUCCCGUACAGAAUCUGCACAAAACACCUUUGCCGAACUUUGAGCAGCUGCUUGUGCCGCCAUUCGAGUCGGAAGUGAAGCGAAUCAAUGCCGCCGCCAAGGCAGCCAAGACGCAGCAGAACGUCUCGUUGGUGGAGGCGGGCACCAGUGUGGCGCCACGUUCGCGUCCCAAGGGUUCCACAUCGGUGCAUGGCCAGAAGGCGCUGGGUCUGGGCUUACCGCCAAGUCCGUUGCCGCGUCAGAAUAUCACAUCGCCACAGCCGCAACCGCAGCCAGUUGUGGAGCAAUUUCAAGCCAACUUUCCGGCCAUGCCUGAAGCAACAGCCGCUGUGCCAGCGGCAGCAACAACAGCAGUGGCUGCCGUUGCCGUUGCGACUGCAACAACUGCCUCAAGCACUGCGGUCAACAGUUUGUUCGAGUCGAGCGGUUAUCCGGAUCCGUUCAACGAGCCAGCCAACAGCACAACAACAACUACAGCAGCAGCAGUGAGCACAACAGCAGCUGCUUCCGGCAACGUAGAUGCCACAGUUGGUGGCACCGAGCCAGCGGAGUCAACGGCCAAUGAGUUGAUUGUCUCGGGCGGCGGCGGCGGCACGCCCACCAAGCACAUGUUGACGCCGCCAAAGCCAAGCGCCGCUGGCGGUGGUCAUCGACGCAAUGUUAGCGACACUUCGGCGUUUAACAAAACCUUUGCCAAUGAGACCAGCCAGUUCCUUGCGCCCUACAACAACAACAUUGCCAUGUCCGGCGAUGGACCACAGAACGUGACGUUGGCCACCGCCGCAUCCAAUCCGGGCAUUUAUGCCAGCAGCGCCGCAUCGGCAGCCACUUCGUUGUCCAGCAAUGAGUUGGCACGCCAGACGAUGGACAAACGUGUGGAGGCGUGGAAUCCAUUUGAGGAGGAGCAACCGUUUAGUCAAAUGACCGAAGAUCACAUAUUCGAGGCCGAGUUCGAUAAGAUACGUCAACGUGGCAGCCAAGGCAGCAUUACGGCCAAAUCAGCGUCGACCACGUCGACAUUGACGCCAACGGAGCAGAAUGCUGUGGCAAAUGUUGUGGCAACUGGCGGAGGAACAGCACAAUUGACAACUGCGGCUGCUGCUGCUGGUGCUGCUGUGGUGCCAGCAUCUUCUGUGUCGCCACAUCCACAAGCGGCGGCACUCUCAGAGGAUCCAUUUGGAUCGGCGCCAUUCAGUUUGCCACCGGGUCUGCGCGAGAAGGCGAGCUCACUGCGCAAAACUGGAGCCAAAUUCAUGGUCAGCUGCUCCUCGGGCGGCGUCUCCACGACGUCCGGCGCCCAAUGCCAAGGCGCCAACAAUCACAGCAAUGCCGUCUCAUCCAGCUCAUCCAAGUGGCUGCUGUCGCCCACCCUGGAGGAGGACAAAACCUCGCUCAUUGGCAAGGCACUGAGAACGGACUCAGAUGGUGUCGUUGGAUUGCCGCUGGAUGUGACUGCCUCUAGUUAUGUUAAACUGCCGCUGGAUGAUCGCAAUAAGUAUGAGAAAUUGCGUAGCAAUGAUCAGCCCACGUCCGACGACUCGGACUCGGAGUUCUUUCAGCAGGACAGCGACGAUGGCGGCACUGGGGUUGGUGGCAAGAAAGCGGCUAUCUUCAAGCAGAUUGUGACGAGCAACAUACCAGAGACCAUACACAAAAUCCAGCAGGUUGCCUACCACAAAGUGGACAAGACAACGCAUCUGCCGAUCGUGAAGAAGUUGCGUCAAACGGCGACCACCAAGCGACCCUCGUCAUCUGCCCAGCAGGCGGCACAGCAACUCAAUAUGAUGGCAGCUGCGGUGGCCGCACAAGCUGCCCAAGCAGCUCAGGUGGCGGCAGCAGCAGCUGAAUCGGACGACGAUGCGGACUCGAUUGGUUCGGCGAGCGAUUUGCGGGCCGAAGACGAUGAUCUGUUCGAUGAGAAUCCACGUGCCACGCACGCUUCGAAGCUGCGUCGCCCCUUGGGCCAUGGCGUCGACAUGGAUGGCAUCAGCGAGAGUGUGAAGACCUGCAGCAGCUCGGCGUAUCAUGCGGAGUGCGAGAGCGUGACCACACACGAGGAUGAUGUGCGCAGUCGCGUUGUUGUCAAGGUGCGAAUGCGUAAAAAGGAUCGUGCUGCGGCGGCGGCUGCAGCAGCAGCAGCGGCGGCUGUUUCAAGCGGUGGCGUGGAAAGCUGUUCGGCUGGCAAUGAGGAGUUGAGUCCCACGUCCAGCGAUCUGUUGCACAAAUUCGGUGAUCGACCGCUGCUGCUCGAUGAUGAGCUCGACUAUGGCUCGGCGGAGAGCAAGAGCAGCACUGAAUCGCAGCAGCAACAGGAACAGCAAGAUCACCAGCAGCAGCAGCAGGACUUGAAUAGAGAGUCAGAUCAGGAGCUCGAUGUGUUUGCCAUGGCGCCGUUUAAGCUGCCUGUGGCCAAGGCCAUCAAGCGUACAGCGAAGCCCAAACCGAAGCCGCCGCCGCCGUCGCAGCCGCCAGAAAUGUGGACAUCGACGCCGGUGAAAGGGGCGCCGGUGACGCCUGUAAGCCAGGCGGCCAAUUUUGCCACAUUUCCAGCGCAAUUGGAUGAGUUCAAUGAGCCCAUUUUCAAUCCGUUUAUCGAGACGAGAGAAGUGGAGCCACCGAGAGUGGAGCAGCAACAGCAGCAGCAGCAGGAGGAGGAGGCCAGCGAUCAGCGGGAUCUCUUUGGCUCGGAGCCAUUUCCACAGGUAAUUCGCAAAUGUGUUGUCGUAACGCCCGAUCAGAACCAGGUCCAGGUCCAGGUCCAGCCCCCGACCCAGCUGCAGCUCCACUAUCCCAGCAGUAACAGCAUAAUUGUUAAUAACAAUAAUAAUAUUAAGAGUAGCAGCAAUAAUAACAAUAACAAUAACCAUGUGAUCAAAGUGAAUGCGGCGCCAGUGGUGACGAUAAAUCACUCGAUUAUCAUCAAUAAGACGCCCGAACCGCUGCAGCACAAUCCCACGAAUAGCAGUCGCGGAUGCGGCAGCAGCAGUGUCUAUGUGAAUGUGCCCACUGUUCCAGCACCACCAUCACCCGCACCUCCACCAAUUGCUGCCACUGCAACAGCCACACCAACACCUCUAGCCAUGCCCCAGGCAGUUGCCCCCAUGCUGCCGAUAGCCGAUAAUGGUUUUGUGCAAAUCUCCCAAGAUCGCUGCUCCGACUUUACGCCCGACGACGAGGAGGAGCCCGUGGUGUUGCGUGGUGCCGCCGAUCUGGUUGCAGAUGACAACAGCGUUCCCAUCAGCAGCGCCGUCGCCUCCGGCAAACCGAAGAAGGAAAAGUCCCAUCUGGCUGUGAGAGCGUUGCCCGCCAAGCUCACCCAAAAGGUCAAGGGACAUGCGUACAAAAAGGUCAGCGCCGGCGCCUUGGGCUCGACAUCAUCGCUCAGCUCGGGCAGCAAGCAGAAGCAUCAACGUCUGCAGUAUCAAUCGCAUGACGAUGAUGAUGAUGAUGAUGCUGUUGUGGUUGCAGCUGCUGUGCAGGAUGAGAAUCGAAGCAGCGGCAGCAGCAGUCGCAACUUUCAAUCGAACACCAUACAGAACUCGGCGAAGACGGGCUUCAGCAAUAUGAGCUUUGAGGACUUUCCGUCGGAUCAGGAAAUCGAUCGCAUGUCCAAGACAAUGAUUCCCUUUGAGGUGGUGCGCAAGGAGAAGAUGUUGCUCGAGGCGGAGAAGAAAUUCGGUUCGCUCAAGCGACGCAACAAUCUCUUCUCGUAAACACACACACACACAACGUGGCGACGGGGAUGGGGGAAAAUCGUGGCAAUUUUCUCUCAGUGUAAUCUGAUUUGAUUUCCACUUUUGCGUUUUUUUGUAUUUGAUCAUUGCAUUUUGCCCUCAUUGCAGUUAGCCGCCGCCACAGAUACAAACACAAACGCAAACGCAAAGAUAAAGAUAACGUUAAAGACACAACACUCACAACAACAAAAACAACAACACACAACAUCAUCAACAUCAUGAACAACACACACACAGAUACAGACACAAUGAACUUCCAUGCACGUAAGCAGAUAAACUUAGAGCUAAGUAAAUAGUAGAUGAUCCAUAAACACAUACAAACAUAUAUUCUAUCUAUAUAUACUACAUAUUAUAUACACUAACACACACAUAGCCAAUAUCUAUAAUAAUAUGAAUAUGAUAUGAUGUAAUGUAUUUUUUGAGCCAAGUAUUUCUCUGCACAUCUUUUUGAUGACAGAGCCUCGAAAAAUUGCGAGUUGAGAUAAAGAAAACAGAAAAAAACAAAACAAAACUGCAGCUAAUCUGAGAACACGUUGAUGAAAAGAUGAAUGAAAUGAUUAUUAUUAGAAGCAACAACUAAUUGAUAUAUACAAAAAGAAAUAUAUAAUAUAUUAUUACUGUUAUUUAGUGCAAGCACUUGCGAAAGAAAAAAAGAAAUGGAUUUAGAAUUUAUACAAUGCUUAAGUUGACCAAAGUUUGAAUUAUCGUUUAUAGCAUUUUUCCAUUCUACAAAAUGCAUAUUUAUUUAUAUACCUACACUUCCUAUAUUAAUAUAUAUUUAAACGUAAAUGUGAUUAUAAUCCUUUAACACACACACACACACACACUCACACACAUGCAUAUGUAUACACAAAUGAUCAAUUAAACCCGAGAAGAAAAGGAAUAGCAAAACUAUUAUGUACUAACAAACAAAUGGCUAUUAAAUAUUAGCCAACAAUUAUUUAAAUAAAAUUCGUACUCAAUUUGUUUA